AUGGCUUUACAACCUGAACCAAUGUUUGUCUCAAGAUCGGAAACAUUUAAAUUUGUAGCUGGUACUACAAUUGAAUUACCUUGUGAAGUGGCAAAUACAGCUGAAUAUGUUGUAGCCUGGAAACGUGGUAUUGCAAUUUUAUCAGCUGGUUUAGUUAAAGUUACACCAGAUCCUCGUGUCAAAUUGGUUAAUGGAUUUAACUUGCAAAUUAGGGAUGCUGUACCACAAGAUGCUGGCGAUUAUAUAUGUCAAAUAGCGAUGUUAGAACCGCGUGAAAUAACGCAUACAGUGGAAAUUUUGGUUCCACCAAGAAUACAUCAUAUUAGUUCUGGAGGACAUUUGCAAGUCAAAAAAGGAGCAUCAGUGAGAAUUGAAUGUUCAGCAUCAGGAAAUCCCACGCCGAAUGUUACUUGGAGCCGAAAGAAUAAUAUUUUACCAAAUGGUGAUGAAAGAUUGCAUUCAUCAAUUUUAUCACUUGAAAACAUGGACAGACAUAAGGGUGGUGUUUACAUUUGUACAGCAAAUAAUGGAGUUGGAAAUCCAGCAUCAAGUCAAGUUGUAAUGCAUGUUUUAUAUCCACCUGAAAUCACCGUUGAAAGACCAGUUGUAUUUUCUGGUGAAGGACAUGAAGCAAUGUUAGUAUGUAUUGUACAUGGUGAAGCUCAACCAGAGGUGAUAUGGUUUAAAGAGACAAUGCAAUUAGAUACAACAGAACGUCACAUUAUGGAAAAUCGUGGAUCACGUCAUACAUUAAUUAUAAGAAAAGUUCAUCCACAAGAUUUUGGUAAUUACUCAUGUGUUGCAGAAAAUCAACUUGGUAAAUCAAGAAAAACAUUACAAUUAAGUGGAAAACCUAGCACAGCAAUAUUUAGUUCACCACCUAUAAGCCAAUAUAAAGAUAGAUACAAUAUUUCAUGGACGGUUGAUUCACAUUCACCAGUUGAAGAAUUUAAAUUAUUUUUCCGAAGGUUACCGCAAGGACAUGAGGUUGAUAACACAAUUGAACAAUCACAGCCAUUACACUUAUCAUCAUCAUCAUCUCAAAUCUAUAGUAAUAGUAAUAGUCAUAUGCAUCGUGGUGGUUAUAUAAAUAUGCAUUGGCCAAGAAAUGAUUGGAGAGAUGUUGUAUUACCAGCAGUACCAUUAUCACAUCAUUAUACACAAGGGAUGAGUUAUAUGAUACGUGGCUUAGAUCCUGAUCAACAUUAUGAAGCAAGAGUUCAAGCAAGAAAUCGAUAUGGUUGGGGUGAUAUGACAGAAAGUUUUCUAUUUUCAACAUCAUCAAAUGGUAAGUUUAAGUAAAAGCAUAAAUAAUAA